UUAAUCUGCGGCGGGGGCGCACUCGCCACCUCUAUUUUAUUUUUCACUUAUUUCUUUUCUUAUUUUCAUUUGUAUGAACCGCGUGUGUAUUCUUAUUAUUACUAUAUACAUUUGGACGUUGGUAUUGGUUGGUAUUGGUUGGUAUCGGUAAUCGGUAGUUACCAGUCAGCUGUUUCCGUUUAUUCUAUUGUAUUGUUAAGAGAGUUAAGAGUUUUAUUACAUCGAGUAGUGAAAAAGGAAAAAGGAAAAAGGAAAAGAAACUACGUAAGAUAAUAAUUAUUAUUGUGGAUUCGCCUUUUGUUGAUUCCGCAGCAGAGUCAACGAAAGUACUCGCGGAUGAGGCGGGAGCGGGAGUACUGCUAGUACUGAGUAGUCACUGAGUAGUUGGCUUUAACUAGGGCUCACGUAAGCAUGUGUCAAUCUAUUUAAUGUUUAUUAAACCGGUAGUUUUUCUUUUUCUUUUUCAUUUUAAAUUAUUUAAGUACAUGGUUUUUUUUAACUCGUAUUUUAAACAAUUUAUCAUCAAGUAUUUAAUCUAUUGCUAGAGUUGUUUCGAUAAAUAGUCGAUAGAAUGUUUGUUUUAAAAAUAAUCUGCUGCGAGGAGAAAGUUGUUUAUUAUUAUUAUUAGAUAUUAAGUACUAGAUUACAAAGAGUACAGUGGUACUACUAACGUUGGUGAUUAAUUAAAAUGGAAAAUGAUUAAUGACGAUAACAGAUAAACUCAGAAAAACAUUUAUCGCAUUGGUUAUUUGAAACAGUGGUUAAUUGUGAUGGUACUUUAUUGUUAAUACGUUAUUGUAAUAAUAGUACACCAUGGGAUUUAAAUAAUUGUGAUAGAGAAUAAAUAAAUAACAUAAAUAUUUUAAAAGUUUAAGUGUUGUGCCAUUUUACAAGUGGAACGUUAAGAGGAGGCUGCGGAUAAAACCAAGAUUUAUAGAUGGAAGGAAUCGAUAACAAAAAAACAAACGAGACUGAUGACUGUUUUAAUAAAAAAGAUGAGAUACUUGAGUGCGUUAGCGAUACGAAUAAAGUUAAAAAAGAAGAUAAUUUGAAUAGUGAUAAUGAUACGGGAAAUAGAUUAAAUGCAAUGUCGUCAACAAACGGUAACCAAGGGAAAAAGGAUUUAUCGCGUGAAGAAGACCUGGAGGAGGACGAGGGUAAGGGCUCGGAUGAAGAAACAGAGAGUAAAGAGAAGACUGAAGUUGAGGAUAAUAAACGUGAUGAUGAAUCUUCAACAACGUCAACGUCAACUUCGGAUGAUGAGUCCGAGACAACUUCAGAGGAUAAAACUGAGCCUUCAACAAAGCCUGAAGAGGCGCCUCCUCCCGCUGCCGAAAAACCACAAGAAAAGACUGAAGAACCCGCAAAAAAUGAUGAUACCACGGAUGACAGUGAUAUUGAUGACGAUCUUGUCUCGACUAUAAAUUACAACACAAUUACCUCGCUCGCUGCGUUAAAAGAUAUGCUGCAGUGUUCUGGUGAAGACUCCGAUGGCGUCGACAGUUUCUUUCAUCAUUAUUUUUUGUCACAUGUUAAUCGUUUGCCAUCGAGAAAUCAAACUCACAGCCCUUAUCCCUGGGGCAGAAGACUUUCCGAGUGUCGUGAAGAAGAUGAAGAUGAGACUGAAGAAGGAAAAACGAAUGAAACUGAAAAAUCAAACGAAAAGAAAGUGAUGACUCAAGAAUCACAAGAUAAAUCUGAAAGUUUAACAUCAAAAGUAUCUAGUCCAUCGUCGUCGGAAAAAUCAAGUUCAGAGAAAAUAGAUCUUAAGUCUAAUACAACAUCAAGUGUCUCGGAGUCGAGGCCGCCGCCUACUGCAUCAACAGGUUCUAGAUUUACUACAACAAUUGUUACGUCACCAACGGCUAAUAAACCUCUGUUACGACGAAGACACACUUCUGGUCCUACAAUGACCUUUCCUGCAACAGAUCCACCUAAUUAUUGUAACAGCAUGAUUUUUUCACGUACAAGUCCGUUGCCGAGUCCGCAUCUUGAUAAAAGAUUUUUUGAUUCAAGUUUGAUUGAAAUGAAAAGUCAAGCUAGCAGUUCUAGUACACUUGAUUAUGAUUCUGCUGAAGAAAUUUGGAUUAAAAGAGUUGAUUUUAUGCAGGAACGAAAACGCCGAGAGUUGCGUUUAUCUCAGCCGUUGCCAGUCAAAAAAGAGGAGAAAGAGGAAGAAAAAAAAGUUGACGUUUCUAAUGAACAAGUUGAAGGUCUUCGGCCACGAGCAGGUACUUGGAGCCCAAAUUCAGAUAAGAAAAAAAAAGUACCGAAACCAACGGUAAGCAGUGCACCAAAUUCCGGCAGAUCAACACCAUUACCUCAUCACUCUAUUGCUGUUAAUACAUCAGCAUCUGCAUCAGCAGUUGCAUCAUCACGAAAACAACCAACAGCAACACGUUCUUGCUCCACUAGCCGCAGUAAUAGUCGUAGUAAUAGCGUAGAUCGACGAAGUGAAGAACUAAGUCCUACUAAACGUAAUACAUUUUUGGGUAAUUUUCGUUCGAGAAGCAAGUCUGAUUCUAGUAAAAGAAAGUCCAGUAUUAUUGCCACCGUCAGAGCGCAACUACAGUUGUAUAAAGGAGGAAGAGAAUCAGGUAGUGGUGGAUCUGGUGGGUCAGGUGGUGUCGGCGGUGGAGGUGAAAGUUCAACUGGAAGUUCUACAAGUGACGUUAAUCCAGAAAGAGAGUCACGAAGAAGUAGAAAAGAUGAACGUCGCGCUUCUGCUGAUUGUAUGAGAAAUCCUGUUUCUAGAGUAAUUGAUUUACUUAGACGUAGCAAAAGUCCAAAUACUGUUGAGGAUAGACGAAGAGGCAGAUCUCAGAAUCAUCAUUCACAUCAGUCGUCGCUGUCAUCGUCUGCAUCAACGUUACCUUCCACAUCAGGAUCACAAUUAGGUCAUCAUAGUCAAGGUGCUAUAAGGAGAAGUUCUCUUGAAUCUGGUGACAGAAAUCCUAUAACUAUACCAGGAGCACGUCGCAGAACUCAUCAUUUCGAUCCAGCACACACUGCGAUACUUUUCCGCAACGCUCGAGGGCUCCCAGUUGCUGAUACUUUUACGAAAAGUCAACCAAAAUCUGAUUUAGAGAAAGAUGAAACGCAGAUAUACGUAAAGUUUUUUAAAUUUCACAAAUGUUAUGAUCUCAUACCUACGAGUGCAAAAUUGGUUAUAUUUGACACUAAACUUGCUGUUAAAAAAGCAUUCUUUGCUCUUGUUUACAAUGGUGUUAGAGCUGCGCCAUUGUGGGACAGUGCUAAACAACAAUUUGUUGGAAUGCUGACAAUAACUGAUUUUAUUAAAAUUCUUCAAAAGUAUUAUACUAGUCCUACGGUUACAAUGUACCAAUUGGAAGAACAUGAACUUAAUACUUGGAGAGAUGUUUUACAUAAAGAAAUUCAUCCAUUGGUAACAAUUGGACCUGAUGCUUCUAUGUACGAUGCCAUUAAAUCAUUGAUUCAAAAUAGAAUCCACCGAUUGCCUGUGAUAGACCCGGAUACUGACAAUGUCCUUUAUAUAUUAACACACAAGAGGAUACUUAAAUUUUUAUUCCUCUAUAUUCAAGAGCUACCUAGACCUUCAUAUGUAGAUAAAACUAUUGAAGAAUUAAGAAUAGGGACUUAUGAUAAUAUAGAAACAGCAACCGAAGAAACUAGCAUAAUUUUAGCUCUUAAAAAAUUUGUCGAAAGGCGAGUUUCGGCCUUACCUAUUCUUGAUUCUGAAGGAAAACUCGUUAAUAUUUAUUCUAAAUUCGAUGUAAUUAAUUUAGCUGCUAUGAAAACUUACGAUAAUUUGGAUGUUUCUUUAAAAGAAGCAACUCAGCAUCGAAGUGAUUGGUUUGAAGGAGUUCAUAAAUGUAAAUUAGAUGAUACUUUAUACAUAGUUAUGGAAAAAAUAGUUAAAGCUGAAGUCCACAGGCUAGUAGUGACAGAUGAAAAUGAAAAAGUUAUUGGUAUAAUUUCAUUGUCUGAUAUAUUAUUAUAUCUCGUUCUAAGGCCAUGUGGUGAGGACGGUGGUACCAAUACCAAAGAUAUUUCAAUCUCAUUGCGAGCGCAAGACUCAAUGGCUUCAAGUUCAUUACAAUCAGAAACAACAGCCGUUGCCGUUGACGUUGCCGAUUAUGAUAAUAAUCUUACUGCUGAUGAAGAUGAUGUCAUAGAAAUAGAAACAGCUGUCGAGGCUCAUACUGAAACAGAACCUAUUGAUGAGUCUCAGUCGGCGAUUGUUGAACAGCCACAAGAAUCGUCACGUCGUGAAGUUGCGGUGUCCAGUGGUGAAUAAAUCAAGUUUUUUUUUUUUCUAAAGAAAAAACUUAAUUGUAAUUGUCUUUUAAAUAAAAUAAAAAUAAUAAUUUUUUUACUUGCGUUUUUAAAAAUAUUAAUGAGUGUCACUGAUAUUCGAAUUAGUGUUUGUGCGGAGUAAUUUAUACAUAUAUAUAUUUUGAAUGAAAUAAUAACUUAAUAAAAAUACACAUCAUACUCUCAGAUAUAAACGAACUGAUUAUAAUCGCUGCCUCAUAUGUUCAUACUUAAUUAUAAAUUAUAAUUAAAUGAAAAUAAUAAAAACAAGCUUCAUUUUCUUAAGAGGUACGAGCGAUAAUUGUUGUGACACGUGAUACUGCAUAAAUAAAAUAAUAAUAUUCUUUGUAAAAAAAAAAAACGUUUUCAAAUUGCAUCAAUUUAUAAAAAUCAUUUUAUCAACCCACUUAAUUACUAAAUCAAUGAAAUUUAUUUUUUACAAAUUUUAGAUUAAAUUUAAUUAAGUAAAGUAAUUUUAAAUUACGAAUAACUGAUUUUUUUAACAAUUAAUAAAUUUAAUAAAAAAAAAAAAAAAAAAAAAAAAGAAAAAAAGUAAGCGGUUGAUAAGUGAUUUUUUUCGCAUAAUGCAUAAAAUAAAAAAAUUAAGUGUAAAGAGAAUGAUGAAAAAAUAUGAAUGUGAGAUCAAGAAAAUUGACAUGUGAUAGAUUAGUAAAAAAAAAAAAAAAGAAAAAAGAAAAAAAAAUUCACUAUUCAGUCGAUUAAAAAUGCCAUUUAAUAUUUAAUUAAUUAAUGACUAUAAAUCAUUAAUGAUAAUUUCUUAUGUAUAUAAAUAAUAAAUAAAUAAAUAAAUAAUUAAUAAUUGAGUGUCGUAGUUGUAGAUUGUUUAGUAACAAUUGAUAAGACGUUUAUUAAUGGCAAGUCAUUAAUUUUUGAAUUACUAAUUUAAAAAAAAAAAAAAUGCAUUGAGCUCGGCCCUGUUUAAAUAAAAAAUAAAAUAUUAAUAAUAAUAAUAAUAAAAAUCAUGACUUGUAGAAUUGUAGAUCAUGAUGAUGCUUACAACGGGAGAUUGGCAUUUUCUUUUGAUUAAAUUAUUUAAUUGUUAUAAUAUACAGGCUUAAAAAUAUUAUUGUAAUUAUAAUUAUUGAUAAAUGUGUUAAAAUAAAAAUAAAAGGCCUAUUUUUAAUAACUAUUAGUUAAAAAAAAAAAAUAAAUUAUGAAUAGAAAUUCUAGUACUUAGUGGAUUUAAAAUAAAUUAUCGCUUUGGCUAGUCAAGCCUCGUUUUUAUUAAUUAAUUUUAAAAAAACAUCUAUUUAUAUAAACUUAAAUGUCUUUAAAUAUGUAGAUUGUAAUAUGUUGUAUAAAAAAAAAGUAAUCAUAUAACUAAAAAGUUAAGAGCGUAAUCAUGAUUAAUUGUAAAUGUAUAAAAAAACAUUAAAUCUUGCCAUCUCCAGCGUUGUACUACGCAAUAAAAAAAAAAUCUAUAUAUAUAUUAAAGUAUAAGGUUGUUCCCAGCGCAAUCCAGGUGUGUUAACGCGUAUUGUAGAAUAUUUUGAUAAUGAAAAAUGAAUUAAAUUAAAAUGAAUUGAUA